AUGCUACACCCAUCCGCUGCCUUAUUGUUAUUCUUGAAGAUCUUUGGCACCCGUCACGAAGAGACUGGACCUUACCGUCGUGUGGCGGUGUAUGAGUGUGCGGAAAGUUCUUUAGGAGCUUCCUUACAGGCGGCGGCGUCUAGAAACAGCGUUCAGUUUCGACGUUUUGUCAAGUUCGCCAUCAACCGGAAACUAGACAGGUGUUGGAUGCUCUCUGAAACGCCGGAGUCCAAAUUAUUCACAGAGGGAACACAGACGAAAAUUCCUUGA